CUGCAGGGCAGGCGACUGCUUCACACACUGUACAAGCCCGAGUGUGAGAACGGGAGCUGUGCGUCUGCGUCCGGGACGUGACUCGGGACAUGCCACACAUGGCCACCACCCAGAAGCAGUAACGGAGGAGUAAUGCGGGAGUAAGGCGAGGAGCCCGGAGGACCGAUGCCUGGUGGUGUCCGCGGAGUGGGCGCGCGCCUCGCCCUCGUGACGGUCACCCUGCUGCUGCGCUGCGCGGCGAUGGCAGUAGGCAAGCCGUGUUUCACGGUGUCUGACGCGGGUCCAGUGGUCCGGCUCGGUUCCUCCUUCAUUGUGUACUGCUUCUUCAAGGAGCAGUGCCAGCAUUCCAUCUACAGGGACCGGAAGCAGGUGUACGACGCCUGGAAGCACAACUCGACGAGCAUCGCCGUGCACGUGAGGGCGAUCACGGAGAACCAGACGUACACGUGUAAGUCCAGCUGCUGCUCCGAGCCCUGCGGACUGGACCUGCUGGCGGGACACCCACCAGAUGUACCCUAUAAAUUAAACUGUAUCCAGAAAGGACAGUUUGGGAAUAUAACAUGUACGUGGAGAAGUGGAAGGGAAACAUAUAUUGGAACCUUAUCAAAGUUAUGGGUCAAGGCACAUGGAGAUCAUGGCACGGCGACACCUGUCUCUUUCCCUGGCUCCGGCUCUGUGACAUUCCCUAUUUUUGGGCUGCAGUCCUCUUACUCUGUAUGGGUCAAUGCAUCAAACAAACUGGGAACAGCUGUCUCUCCAACUUUGAAUUUCACACUCAUUGACAUAGUGAAGCCAAUGCCCCCAAACAUCAUGCGAGUCCACUGUUCCUCUUGGCAGUGUGUCCUGUACUGGUCCAUUGAAACCGGUGCACAGCUGCUGCAGGUCCGACACCGACCAUGGCACGGAAACUGGACCACACACCCCUUCAUGGAAAAAACGCAGAAAAAUUACAGUAUUUCUGGUCUGCAGCCCUUUACAAAGUAUGACUUCCAGGCCAAGUGCAAGUUGAGCCCUACCCAAGGACUGUGGAGUGAGUGGAGCACUGGCAUAUCCAGCAGCACCGAUGAAGAAGCACCACAGACUAAUCUGGACGUCUGGUACAUUGAGAAAUCUGGGGGCUCGGAGGAGAAGUUAGUUACUGUUCUCUGGAAGGAGCUCAGUGAGUCCGAAGCAAGAGGGAGAAUCCUGGGGUACGAGAUGAUGGUUGAGGACUCUUCAGGAAGGGGAAUUGCAGAGUACGCCACAAACAACAGCGCUGGCUUUUCUGUCCCCUGUUCAUCCUGCAACAUCACUGUGUUUGCUUACAACGCCAAGGGCCGCUCCCCCCUCUCCCACCUUUUCGUGUCCCACCAAAGAGCUGAACCCCCUCAGAAUGUAGUCUGCCAACCCCUGAGUAACCACAGCAUCGCCAUCUUCUGGAAGGAACCUGCCACUGCUAGAAGGGUGAAGGGGUACCUUGUAGAGUGGCAGUCGGCUGAAGGAAGCAGAGGAGUCGUCCGAUGGAAAAGGACAGCUCCUGGUCAACUGGGAACCGUCAUCACAGAAAACAUUCAGCCAUUUGAGUGCUACCGUGUCGCUGUCCAUGCCUUGUAUGAGCAUGGGAUGAGGGGGACAAACUUCACAGAGGCCUACUCCUGGCAGUCAGCUCCAACUUUAGGCCCAACCCCCAGCUUAGAGGUGAACGGCCACAGCGUGACUGUAACCUGGAGCUGGAUCCCAUGGGAGCAUCGGAGAGGCUGCCUGAAGAGCUACAGCAUCUAUGUCACCGGACUAAGAGAGAAAACAAAACAGUAUGGCCCAAUAGGUAUCUCUAAGAGAAGGUAUACCAUCAGUGGUUUGUCAUUUGGAGACUACAGACUGUUCAUCACAGGAAGGACGGCUAUGGGCGAGGGCCCCCCGGGGGACGAUAAGGUCUUUUUCAUCUCCUCGCAGGAGGUUGACCACAAGGAGGAUUUGGUGUUUGUCAAGUUCAGCUGCCUGGGCCUGGUGCUACUGGCUCUGGGGUGCCUGUUACAUGCCUCCUCCGUGCGCCACAGAGUGUCCACAUGCUGUUACUGCCUUCUGCCGGAUGCUGUUCCCGACCCUGCUAAUAGUACGUGGGCUAAGGAAUGCAAAUCAUACAAGGGUCAGAUGAUGCUGAAGCAUAAUUUAGAUCUCAACAGUUCUAUCCUGAGUGACGAGGAACCCGAGACCGUGGAGAUACAAGAAAUUCAAGACAUCUGGGAAGACUCCAUAGGGAAGUCAGGUGGAUGUAAUGGCACUUUUUUGCCUUCAGUGGAAAACAGCUGGACUGGUUUCCAGCAGCGGACACUCUACAAAGUUCAGCCAGCGCGCCCCUAUAUUAAAAGCUUCUCUCAAGAAUCGGAUAGUUCAGACGGGAUCGAGGCGUCCAAAAGCACAGAUAUGACUCCUGAUUACAUUUCCUCCCAUGGGCUGCUGGAGCAGGACAGUGAGGAGUUAGAGCAAGGCCAGAUUGUUGACUUCUUCCCCAGCUUCUCCAGCCCCUUCUCAGGACCUUUAGUGCCAUUUGAGGGAAAACUGACUCUUGAUGUUGUGAAGGUUGACUGGAGCAAUCUGGAUUGAGUAGAACCCACUUAUGUGCUCUUCACCGUGUCGU